AUGGGUAGUUACGAAAAACAAAAGACUCUUAUACAACAAAUACUUAAUGAAUCGGAGGAUGCUUUAGAGAAAGAAAAUUGCUAUUUGCUCCUAGGUCAAAGUGCUCGCUUUCUAAAGGACUAUGACGUAGCACUUGAAAAUAGAUUCAAAUGUCUUGAAUUACAAGAGAAAGCUGAUGUAGAUGAUUUAUAUAUUGGACAAACGUAUAUUACAAUAGCCGAGGUUCAUUUUCUAAAACUUGAAUUAGAUUUAACUUUGGAAUAUGCAAAAAAAUCUCUAUCAUUGGUUCCUGAAGAUCAUUUACUACGUGCUAAUACUUAUCGACUAAUGGGUAAAGUUCAUUCAAAAAAAGGUGAAUAUGAGUUAUUAUUAGAUUGUUGCAAAAAAGCUUUCGAAGUACAACAGAAAACUUUGCCAAAAGAUGACAAAGACGUCGGCUUAACCUAUUAUUGGAUGGCAGUUGCAUAUGAAAACAUGAAUAGUUUGAAUGAAUCAUUACGAAUUAGUCGAAAGACUUUGCCACCUACACAUUAG